AAAGUGUGACUUUCAGCCCUGGACAUGAACAACUGAACACUUCAUUUCCCCCACAGCAUCCAAUUAUAUCUUCCAUCUCUUGCCAGGUAUAUGAUGAAUCACUGGGCGUCGUAUGUAAAAGCUCUCCAAAGACAAGACUCAGAGAUACACCAGAUACACCAGAUACAGUCGCAGUCACACUGCAUCAGGUAUUAGGUUUGGACUCGGGGAAUGUUGGUUACUAGGGAUAUGCUUUUUUUGGCUAUCCCAUCACAUCCCAUCACAUCACCUCCUUUUCUCUUUUGGAAGGAAGACAUGAGUAAGACUGAUUAACACGUUACUUCUUUCCUCGAUCCAAUUUCUUGAACUUUUUGUCUUAAUUCUUUCCUGUGCAAACACUCAAAUUAACCUCAGGAAAACGCAAUUGAAACCUACCUAUCCAGUAGACUCAAACAAUAGGAAACGUUCGUUCCCAGAUUCACUUUGGCUGCAUGCGGUACAAAUACCUACUGUGAAUCAUGAUCAUGUAGCAUCGAUACCUGUGCAACGCGAUCUAAUAUUCUUGAGGGAACACAUUAACAACGUAAGCCAUGAGUACAAACGGUACUGAACUUUGCAGAAAUCAUGUAACCAUGGACGAAAUCACAAGCACUCCUCAAAUAGCGCCAAUCUCGAGCUCGAGGAGAGUCUCCAUGGAGGAAUAUUACAAGCAAGAAAAUGAGUCUUCCGAUCGAAUACAAGAACCAGAAGUUGAGGAAGAACCGGAGGAGGAACAGGAGCCAGAGCCAGAGAUCGAUAUCGAUAUCGAAAUUGAGGAUAAGCCAGCAGAUCCAGCGUCGAUAGUAGAUCCUCUCCUCGACUCUCCUCCUUCGUACGAUGCUUCGGUUCGUUCUCAAAAUAUGCGCAGCCGUUUGAAUAUUCAACCUCGAGAAGAUGAAGGAAGAGAGACGCUUCCAGGAUAUUCCGCUGGUAUCAGUCUGGAAAAUGUAUUCAUGAGGAAGAUGGAACUACAGGGCGCGAUACAUAGGGCUUCGGAUAGAAAUUGGCAUCGAGUGUUGGCGACAUUGCAAGGAACACUUUUGACCUUCCAUAAAUUCAAAGGACCGGGGCUAUUUGGUCUUGAGUGUGGGGAAAGAAAGGGUACACCAGAUAUGCCUGCUGGUACGAAGCGCGGGAGUCUAUUGGGAAGUUAUAAUUUGCAGCAUGCAGAGGUUGGCAUAGCUGCAGAUUAUGUCAAGUAGGUCUACAAAUACUGUCUCUUAAUUAGUGAUACUAAUAGCUGCCAGGAAAAACUAUGUUAUCCGUGUCCGAGCAGAAGCAGAUCAGUUCCUUCUAUCCUGCAUCAAAAUUGAAACAUUUGUCAGCUGGCUCCAAUCACUUUUCAUAGCCAUUGAUAUUUCUAUGCCGCUCGAUGAACGACAAAUUCCAAAAGACCAAUCCAUUCCACGUUCACGACGAAGAAGGCGAAGGGAGGCAAGAGAUAUACAAGUCAACGACGACCUUAUCCGAGCUCAAGAAGAGCUUAUCCGAACACAUUACCCCAACCUCGCAACUCCAAGCAACCCACGAGAAAGAGUUACCACCCGCCCAUCAACUGCUCCACCCACAUCUCGAUCUAGUCCACCCCGCACACCUCGUACGCCCCAAGCUUGCGUAACCGAAGCUGAGACCGCCCUUCGCGCCCUCCAAGACAUGGGUCUCAUAGGUGGUCGACCCCAUCGUCACCGCAUGCUGCAUCGUCGCACUCCCAACCCCACACCCUCCCACUCCUUCUGUCCCGACACUGGCAAAUGGCGUCCGGAACACGCAUGGUCUCCUCGAUACGAUAUGUUAUAUGCCAAAAAAUGUAUGGGCAUCCUCACAAGUUGCUCUCCUCGAAAAUCAAACUAUCUAAUCAUGAAAGGCAAACAGUGGAUUGUGGAUUGGAGCACCGGUUCAUUAACGCGAUGCGAACCUCCAGAAUAUGGAGAGGAGUAUUGUGGAAGGUGGAAAAUAGAUCAUAAUGGGUCGCUAGUUAAGGCUUGAAUUAUAGAAUUGGCAUGGAGUUUUUUGUUUUUCACAUGUUGGUUUGGGAAUUGCUGGAGGGUUCAUGUGGGAUUGAUCGAAUGGGGCUUACAAUAUACAGAUAUUUGGCUUUUGGAUGAAUAGUGGAAAGAUAUUAUAGAUACCAAGGUGGGAAUAUGGGAUAUGGGAUAUGGGAUAUGAUUUGGGGUGUUUUUGGAGCCCUUGCUUUUCUUUAUUUGUUUGUAUUUUAACAUGAGGCGCCAUCCGUCAUUGCAUGCAUGGACUUUCAAUAUAGCAUAAAA